AUGAACCAUCACCAAAACCCAGCUGAGACCCAUCCAGAACCCCCCUCGAAGCGGAGACGUCUCGAGCACCCGACGCCAACUAAGCACGGACAGGUCAAUUUCCAUGGAACCAUCGUCAACCCCAUCCUAGGCACCGUAUCCCCAUCGGUAGACGGAGCCAUGCACCAGAUGCUGGCUACCCCUGCGCCAGACUGGGUGAUGGAGGAUGCGCAGGAACCCCAGGAGUGUCCUUGCGGCCACCUCCACGGGCCAGGACAAGGCAGUAACCACGACGUGCACGCCGUGGGCUUGGGAGCCCCUCUCCUUCGAGGCCCAGACUAG